AUGCAACACCAAAAAGAAGAUUACCUAAGUCUAUUAAGUGAACAUCUUGCAGAGGAUGAAAGAAUUUAUACUGAUCUUCAUCUACCCUCCUGCUCUUCAAUUUCUAAUGAUGAAAAUUCAGUUGAGUGUCCAAAUAUAAUGAAUAACUUUUCUCAACUACCACCGUCAAGUCAUGAUAAUAUGUCACCUAUGCCUUAUCAUUUAAGUUUUGAGGAUCAAAAUUGUUUGAAAGAGAUGUUGUUAGGUUGGAACAUGGAAUUUCUGUACGAAACUUGUUUAGCUGAUUGUAUUGAUAUUGAGGCGUUACAAUCCAUAAGUCCUAGCGAAGUUGAACAGCUUUUAUCAAAGUAUCCAAUGGGAGUGAAAAUUAAAUUUAAGAAACAUAUCAAGAAAUUGCAAAACAAACCAGAGGAGGUCUCUGACGAUGUAAUGAAUCCAUCAAUCUCUGACGAUGUAAUGAAUCCAUCAACUGUAUCUACUUUAUCAUUUUCCAACGCACCGGUACCAGUACAAUCGAUUUCUCAUAUGUCUCCACAAUUUUCUUUACAUGAUGUCCUUAAGAAUAGUUCUCAUGGUAUAAUGAUAAUGAACUAUUACAAGUCAAAUAAGAGCUUAAAUGAGUCAUGUCGCAGUUUAAUGAUUGACUUAAUAAUAUCAAGUCUCAUUGAACAAUCUAUCUCUAUGUCUGUUGGUCUGGCAGAUACUAUAGCUAAGACAAUUGUUGAAACUUUUACAACGGAAUUGAAGGAAACAUAUUUUGUAAGAGAUACAGACAAUAAAGCGCCCAAAGGGAAACUGUACGCAAAAUUUUUCAAUAAAAUUAGAAGUUUGAAAAACCAUGGACUAGUUUCUCAGGGCCCAUCAAAAAAAUGUAGACUUGAGAAAAAUUGUCUAACCCGGAUAUCUGCAGCAUUCAAUGAUGAUUUAGUAGUUGAAGAAAAUGCCGAAAGUUAUAUAAGUCAGUUGAACCACGAAGAGUUAUCAUGGCCUGACAUAGAAUUAAUUUGGAAAAAAACUGCUGUGUAUAGGCUAAAAUCUUUAAAAAUGUCAGCUACUGAUUUACAUAAAACAUGGCCUCACUACAAGAAGCCACUUGGAUAUAAACUUGUUGACAUUGAUUUUCAGUGUCUUCACAAGGAAGCAUUAAAUAUAUUAAAAGAGUUUGAUGACACUAAACUAAAACUAAUUCAAGUCAUUAAUGAAAGGCUAAAAGAUCCUGCUAAUAAGAAAUUGUACAAUUAUAUGGUUGAAAACAGUCAAAUAACUGAAAGUUCUAAAAGUUGUAUAAUUCUGUAUCUCCUUCAUGCAAUUUUAUUACCAACAAGUAAAAGGUCAUUCACCAACAGUCAAGGGAAGAAAAACAUAGUUAAAUUUUCUAUCCAAGAUUCACAGAACAGUUUCAUGAUGAUAGCACCAACAGCAGUAGAGGUUGAAGAAAUGAUAAAACGAAAAUAUAAUGUUGGCGAUACUAUACAACCAUGUAUUAUAAUUGUAGGAACCGUUAGUGAACCACUUGAAAUAUUGGUUUUUUUCGAUGGCAUAAAAUACAAAGUUUUUUCGCCUAUUAAAGCACUAGACAUUUGUUUUAAGAUUUUUCAUGUAUUCAAUAUUGAAUAUCCCAUUGAAUCUAUUAAUGUCUGGCUAUUUAUUCAAAAAUUGUUUUAUAAUAUUGUAAAUAAGUAUGAUAAAUCUUGUCCGCUCGUCAAUCAAGUUAUUAAUGAACUUAAAUUAUUUUAA